GUUUAGAGGAGAGUGGAGCUGUCAAGUGUCUAUGGGGGAUUGAGGUCGACGAGGCCGCAGCUAGAGCAUUUGAGAAAAAUCAUGCUGGAUGCAAGAUCUUUAUUAAUGAUUGCAAUCUUCUCCUCAAGGAGAGAGUUGAGAAUCCUGGCAGCUCCGUAACCCGUGGUUUACCUAAUCCUGGAGAGGUUGAUUGUAUAGUUGGUGGACCUCCUUGCCAGGGGUUCAGUGUUCUAAACAAAUACAGUCACAAUCAACAUUCUAAAAUGAAGAAUUCUCAAGUUACAACGUUCCUCAGUUAUGUUGAUUUCUACAAACCCAGGUUUGUAGUAUUAGAAAAUGUGAGAAAUCUAGCUUCUAAAGAUGGAGGAUUGUUUUUAACUCUUAUACUCUCCACGCUGGUUAGACUUGGCUAUCAGGUCGCAUUCAGCUCCCUUCAGGCUGGCCACUAUGGUGUAGCCCAGACCCGGAGAAGGUUAAUUGUAAUCGGAGCAGGACCUGGAGAAACCCUGCCAAUGUUUCCGGAACCAAGGCAUAUGUUCCCUGGGGACUUCUACGAUGAAAUAACUAUUAACAAUAUCAAAUAUUCAUCAACCUUCACGACUCCAGGAGCACCCAGACGAACCAUUACUACCUGGGAUAUUAUAUCAGAUUUACCAGCUAUAUCUUCAGGUCACUCCGAAGUGAAAUCCAAGUACCCGGCUGAUGCACAGCAAUCAUAUAUAGUUAAACAAUAUUUCCGGAAAAACGCUAAAGGAUUAACGGAACACAUCUCUAAACCUCUGAGUGAGCUGAACCAGUUGAGAGUGAAUCUGAUACCUACCCUGGCAGGGAGUGACUGGAGAGAUAUACCCAACAAGAAAACAUGUUUACCCAGUGGAAAAAUCAUCCAACCUCUCCUCUUCCCGUAUGAAAAAUCAUACUUCAAUGAGAAAACCAAGAAAAAGGAAACAUUGCCUGGAGUAUGUGCGUGUAUAAAGGGUACUAAGUAUCCCUGUAACCCAGAUGAUCAACAGAAGGACAAAAUUGUUCCCUGGUUCCUCCAUCAUUCGGCUCAUAAGAGGCCUGGAAGUUGGAGUGGAACCUAUGGAAGAAUACCCUGGGCAGGAACCUUCAAAACCACCUUAACAUCUCCUGAACCUACAGGAACACAAGGCCAGGUUUUGCAUCCUGAUCAGAACAGAAUCUGUUCCGUCCGAGAAUUCGCUAGAUCUCAGGGAUUCCGAGACACCUUCACUCUUCACGGGAAAAUCGGAGAUAAACAUAAACAAAUCGGAAACGCUGUUCCUCCUCCGAUGGGAAAAGCUAUUGGAGAUGAAUUGGUGAAGUGCCUUCAAAUCUAGAAUCUCAAAUUUACACUUUUUGGUUUAAAACCCUGACAAGGAAACUGACUCCCUCGGCAUUUAAACACUUGCUUGUAGCUGUUUGAUAAUCCACUGACGAAAUAAACUUAGUCAUUUGUCCGGCGUUAGGCUUGAACUAGGCCAGAUUGAAAAGACUUGAUCUGGAAGGGAUUGUGAUGGCAUACCCAUGCUAGAAUAAUGCAAUUUUGGUUAGUAUCCUUAACCCUUUGGAGAGAAGUAAAUUCUUUUGAUUGAAUCUGGUUCUAUGUUUAAGCAUCAAGAUCUUACAAGAAUCAAAAGUUCAAAUGUCGAAAAUAUCCACUCCUUGCCUAACCGUUCUUAUUCCAUUUGUCAUUAAAAUGGCGGAAUUAAGACCUUGGACAUUUUCAAACACCGUUAGUAGUGACUUAUUUUUUCAACUUGUAAGAAAA